AUUCUCCCCCACCCCAACCCACCCCACGCUUUGAAAAAUCCAUCCACCAAUCCAUUUAUAAUAUUAUUAUACAAACAACAAAAUCAAUCCCUCGGAUUCCUUUUUUCCUCAGAUUUCUCAAUUCUCCCAUCCCUCAAACCAAAUCUAAACUAUUGCAUAUGGCGCAGAAGCGAGAGAUCGAAGAAACCGAACUCAAGUUUCCAGACAACAUACCGGUCUGCGCACCGAUUCCGGCCUCCAGGUCGCCGGACAUCUCAGAUCGAGGCGCGUGCGACCGCAGGAAUUGCUCCUCCGCCGCUUCUCCUACAAAAAGCGAUCCUGCGCCGCCUGGGGGAGGCGAAGGUCUGAGGAAGCGACCGCGAGAGGCGACGCGGUGCUCCGGCUCCGGCUGCAGGAAGCGGAUCGGCUUGAUCGGUUUCCGGUGCAGAUGCGGAGACGUUUUCUGCUCCGAGCACAGAUACUCGGAUCGCCACGACUGUAGCUUCGAUUACAAGGCGGCCGGUCGGGAGGCGAUCGCCAGAGAGAAUCCGGUGGUUAGGGCGGCGAAACUCCUAAAAGUAUGAAGGAAGGAAGGAAGGAAGACGACGCCAUUUGGGGGCGAGACUUAUCUUCGCUGUGUAAAUCAGAUUGAAGCAUAGGGCUAUUACUGUCAUUUCACGCUGUAACAAUAACAUAUGAUAUGAGUGCAAUUUUUUCACAGUUCUACAACAA